AGACAUGGUAUAGCGUAGGUGGAAGACUGAUACCGCGUUGGAACUUACUAGUUCCGUGUAUAUAGUUUUCACAUAGUUAAUAUACUUCAUAAUCAAAUCUGUAUAUUGGAUUGUGUGUGCGUGUGUGUACAUAAUAUCCCUUUAAAUGACUGACUGUUCUGUAUUUAUAUAAUGGAUAUAAACCUGGAUGUAAAUGACUUCUUUUUGCGGCAGAUGUGAAUAAUUUCUUCAAGUGUCUUAGGUAUACUCACCAAUCAUCUGACCACAAUCCAAGUAUAUCAUGGCAAGUAGUGUAGUACGGGCCGAAGACAUCGACCGUGAGUUCCUUCAGUGUCCGUUGUGCAUUGACCGCCUCCAGAAACCAAAGGUUCUUCCUUGUCAACACACCUUCUGCGUCGGAUGUCUUGAGCUAUGGGUGGCCAAGAACAAUGACCAACUCUCCUGCCCAGUCUGCCGCAACGAGUACGAGCUUCCCCAAGGCGGCGUUCACUCUCUCCCCGAUAACUUCUUUGUCAACAGCAUCAUCGACUUCAUUGGCCGGAAACGGCAGGCGUCGGCCACCGCCCUGACGUGCCAUGGUUGCGAGAAUGAAGCAUCACAUUACUGUACAGACUGCGAGGAAGAGCUGUGUUUUGACUGUGCCGGAGCCCAUCGUCGUCUACGUAUGACAAAGAACCAUAAGUUGACAACGCUGGACGAACACCAGUCGAGUGGUAUGCGAGUCGAUUGUGACUUCGCCAAGCAGGAUGACAAGAUGUGUCGGAGUCAUCGGGGAUAUCCUCUAGAGCUUUUCUGCCAUUCAUGUGACAUUCCCAUUUGUCGUCUUUGUGUGCUGAAGGACCACCCGCCAUCGAAACACGUCCAUGCUACGCUGCAGGAGACAGCGGCAAGUCGUCGGAAGACCCUUGGCACCCUCGCAGCUACGGCCAAGGAAAAGGUGUCGGGUCUCAGAGACUCGGUCACCAUUCUCAAGGAGACACAACGUCGUCUCAAGAUGAACAGAGAUCGUAUCGACGUCCAGAUCAAACAGAGGAAACAGAAGAUGAUCGAAAUGAUUGAACUCUUCGAACAAGAAGCCAGUGCUGAACUUGGCGAAGAAUUUUCAUCAAGAGAUGCGAAACUAGAGGAAGAGAUUGAAACGAAGCAGCGACUAUUAGACAAGACUGUCAGUGUCUGUAACGUCCUAGAGAACCUCCAUGGUGAAGGAGAUGAUCACGCAUUGCUGUAUAUCAGUCGGGACACUACAUGGAAGCUGGAAGAAUCCAUUAACUUUACCGCCGGUAUCGAGACCGAGGAUAACGGUUAUAUCGGAUUUAUUGUGGGCGAGGACAGUUACGACCGUGCAGCGGCGUUCGGACAAGUACAGAGCCCGACCAUGACCUCGACGUCGCAUAUUGCAGUCGGACUGCAGCCGUCGUGUCCGCCCGUCAUCUCAGCUGGUGAAGACGUGUGUCUUACGGUGACCACACGUAAUGCAGAAGGACAGCGGGUAAGAACGGGUGGUGCUCCCGUGACGGCCAAGCUCUGUUCGCCGGCUGGUGAGGUGGGCAUUGCUAGGGUACGUGACCGCAUGGAUGGCAACUAUGAUAUUACAUUUAGACCAAACUGCGCGGGAAAACAUCGGCUCCUCGUCUCUGUCUUCGGAAAACAGAUUGGAGAGAGCCCUCUAGAGUUUGAUGUCAUGCAACCAGAAAGACAGGUAAUCACUUUCGGAAAUCUCACAACUUCAGGGGUGAACCCGUACAUGGCCGAUGCUCGGUUACGUGAGCCGUGGGGCGUGACGGUCUCGGAUCGAACCGGUCUUAUCUACGUAGCCGACACCGGUAACAGUUGUAUCCGUGUUUUCGACAUCGACGGUAACGCAAAGGGUCAAAUUGGUUUCCCGAACUUUGCCCAGCGAUUUGAGCCAGUCGAUCUGACUCUCAACAACGAUGACAAUUUGGUUAUCACUGACCAUAGAAAUCAACAGGUUCUAGUAUGCAGCCAGGACGGGACGUUGACUCAAGUCUUCGGUGCGGCUGAACUCCGGCGACCUUGCGGCGUCGCAGUCAACAGCCUCGGCUACGUAUACGUCACGGACCAUGAAUCGCAUUGUGUGCGCGUCUACGACCCUGACGGGCUGCACGUGCGUGAUAUGGGGGCCUAUGGGAACACACUGGGGUAUUUCAGAGGUCCCAUCUCUGCGGCAGUUAAUAGCAAGGACGAAUUGAUUGUGUCCGAUCGUGACAACCACCGACUCCAGGUCUUCGAUACGGAUGGCGAGUACCUCCUCGAGGUGACACCAUCGGGCGAGGGAGACGACGAAUUCAAAUACCCGACGGGCGUCGCGACCGACCUCAACGACAACAUCUACGUCUGCAACGACUGGAACGGCCGUGUGCUCAAGUUCUCGCCAGACGGGACGUUCAUAAAACGCGUGGACGGCGACGAGGACGGUCUCCGUUACCCGAACGGCAUUGCGGUCACGGAUGAUGGCAAAGUAGUGGUCGUUGAUUACGGCAAUGAUUGCGUCAAGGUCUUUGCGUAAAAGCAAGUGAUAAAAGUGCCUCUAGGACAUAUGUACAUGCACGAAGCCCUGUCUAUUUAUUCCAAAGAAUCGCAAUGUAUCGCACGCAAUUUAGUAAGCUUUUUCGUCCUUGUGCACCAAUCUUGCUUGCCAUACCAACGCAAUUUUCAUUACGUUUAUAGAUGUCUACAUUACAUGCCAAGACUGUCGAAAGGCUCACCUCUCGAGGCACAGAUAUUUGAGGAUUGAGGGACGCGUUGCUUCUCUAUUUAGGGGCUAAUAACGACAUCAUAUAGCUCAUUUUUUUUCAACUUUAGUGUCACUCAAUAAUUGUGGUCCGACUAUUGCCAAGAACGUCCUCCUCUAUUUACUUGAAAAGAAAAAGAAGUUAUUUUCUCAGCCGAACUCCUUCUGACCAUCCUCAUGAAGAAUCAGGACAGAUUAAAGGGCGCCAUCAUAUUUAACUACUACUUCCACACACUUAAUCACGUGGACUUCGGCAAAUCGAUUAAUUUUACGCAGAUUCAUCCUAUGCAGAUAAUCACUGAUAUUCAGUAAUCGUACUAUCGUAUGUGAUUAUGUGAUAAGAUGAUCUUUUACCGAAGGCAAAUCUUGUCAAUUUUCUUCAAAGGCAGCUGAUGAAAUUGAUGAUUAGUCUGGUUUUUUUUGACAGCUCAGAAUCAUAGGCCAACAUUACAAAGGUCUUAUUAAUAAAAUAUUGAACUUUUAUUCAUGUCGUAUUUAAUAUUCUUCUUAAGGAAGAAACUCACCCAGUAAGAAAAAAAAUCAAAUUCAUGCAGACUUUCAAGAUAUAUGUGAUAGGAAAAUGAUCAUUUACUUAAUCUCCUUGGAGAUUAAAGC